GCUAAACAACUGACGAUGCAUCCAGGGGGUCUAGCAGCUUCGUUGCUGGUUUUGCUGGCAGCGAACGACACCGUGCUGUUCGAUUGUGUCUGCAAGCACAUCUUGGGUGACCUCAAGCAACGCAGACUCAGUCCCGGUGAAACACAGAUGUCGUGGACCUACUGUAUGCAGGUAUACCGAAAUGUUUAUGCGCUGCUGGAGACGUGCGAGGCCCUGAAGCCGCCGUCGGUGGCGUUGCCGGCUGUCGCACAGCUGGCAGCGAUAGGCGCAGGCCUCGACCUGCCGCUGCCUGCCGAGCAGGAGGAGAAGUGUAGUGCUGCCCUGGCGGAGAUUCGCGGCCUCACUGUCAUCCAGGCCUGGCAACUGCUCAACAAGGACCUCCAGUGCCGCCUCACCACUGACUGCAUCGACUCCUGUCCUGUGCACGGGUUGGACGAGAUGGAAUGGAACCUGGAAACGCUGACAACGGACCACCUGAGGCAUUCUAUCCUCUCCCAGCUAGUGCACGCUGUUCGGCGCAUCACAGUGGCCAUGAUCAUCGGAAAAAAUUGCCAUCUCCAACAUACAUACAAUUAUCCUCAGCUGAGCCUGAAAGAAAGUGAAUUCCAGAACGGGACGACGACUUACCUGGAACAGCUCUCCAACGACUGGCGAAAUGCUGCGCAGCUGCUCUCGAUUGGUGUGUCGCACCUCUCACAACUUUUCGUUCCCCUCGCAUUCGAACACAUGGGUAACCAUACGAGCAAUCAGCGUCUCCAUGUGUGGAUUAAGAACAUGGAACGUGUGAGAGACAUGCUGCACACGAAAUUAAGUGGUUUGGUACACGAUAUGCAAUCCGUCAGCGAGAACAUAGCGAACUACACGGUGGAAGUUGACAAGGACAGACCUGGCAACUAUGUACUCAGGCGGCCGCUACUGAAUGAAGGUUUACUAGACUAUCACGAGCAGUACCUCUUCUUUCGUGGCGAGUUCAGUGCGCUGUGCAAGGAGCAAGAACCAAAGACAUCACAGAUGUUUGCUCUCGCCGACGCAAUGUACUCCUUCUAUCGUGCCUACUGGUUCAACAGUCUACAGUAUUUAUCUUCUGCCGAAAUUAGAAUUAUAGAUGAGGAGUGGCAGCUGGAGGACAGAAGCAACGCCACGCUCUCUGUGGACACUGACUGCAUGCAGCUGUUGGCGGACGUCCUGGACCACCCCACGUGUCCACUGGAAGACCUGCCACCGGAAACCAUCAAGCGGCGCGAGCAGUGCCGUGUGCAGCUGUGGACCGACAUGAUGCGGCGAUCGCCCCACAUACCCGUGACCAGCUACCUGGCAUACACGCAGAGGACAAACGUCAACCUCUGCCUCUUGGCCUGGAUGGCAGUCAACUCAUUCGGCAUAUGCCAGGACGUCCCAUUUAGUAUCAUGCAGUCUGUGCAAGAUGCUCGCUGCUAUUUCGAUAAUCCCCACGACCAGUCGUGCCUGGAAUCGAACGCUACAGAUGCCAUCUGCUCCGUUUCCAGAGCUAUUGUGUUGCUCAAGUGUCGCGAUUUUUCUUUCCGUAAGCCUUUCGAUCUAUGUCGCGUCGUGCUUUUCCCAGAUGGAUCGUACUCACCAGUGUCCAAUUCAAAGUGGUUUGAUCGCCCCAAAGGGUAUUUAAAGCCAACAGAGAGAACGCUGAACUUCAAAGACAGUUUAAACAAUGCCACUUUGAAAUACAAGGACUUUAAAAUCGAAAGUUUACAACCUUUAGAAAAUUCGUUCAUAGCAGUAAAUAUUCUUUUCCGUUUUUUCACCGCUGGAAUAUACAUGUACCUUCCCCACUUGCGUAAUUUACCUGGAAUGAUAUUCUUGUUAUUUCAGGUCACGGGUGUAAUUCAGAUCUUGUGUUCUGAGGUCAUGUAUCGUAUGGUAGGUGUCCCCGACUUACCUACGACCGUACUAAUCGACAGUGCCCUCACACUUCUCAGCUGUAUCUGGCUAAACGCGUUCUGCUACCGAAUGUACGCGUGCAUCCGUCAUCUCAGGCUUCCUAACGACCUGCUACCGGCUGAAGCAAGAAAAGUGUUCUGCCGUCAGGUGUUGUAUGCACUAAUACCCUGGAGUCUUGUGUGUGCAGCCAGUAUUACUCUGGAAACAACGAACAAAGAUUACAUUUUCCACAGUCGGAUUAUAAUACUCGCGGGAAUUUCAUUAUCCAUAGCUUCCAAUUUGGUUCUUCUUGGACUGGUUGGGUUCAUGUACCUUCGUAAUAAGAAAUCCAUGCGGCAACUCGAAAUUUUUAGUAAAAAUAAAUUGGGCUCAAAGAAACAACUUCUUUACCUUUCAGUUAAGACUGUGAUGUUAAGUGGGAUAUGUAUACUUAUUAGAAUUGGUUUCCACCAGGCACAGGGCGUAGCGCAGUUUGUUUACUACGUACACAUAGCUUCAAUGGCACAGGGACCACUGCUGUUCGUCUUUUUCAUUUGUAAUGAUACAACGCUCCCUGUAUUCAAGAGAAGGAUGCUAGCGCUGUGCAGACCAGACGUCGUCAGCCCAGGAGAAGAGCUGUGUUCAUCGGCUGAGAGAAAUCUGGCAAAGAGAAACAAUGAACAGGCUCCGGCAGCAGAAUCCUCCUUGAAUUGUCCAUGAGUCUUCUUCUCAAAGGACUGUCUACAUUUUAGACCGUACCAAUGCCAGUUCUCUUUUAUAAAGAUUUAAUCCAACUGAUACGACAAAAUUAACUGCGGAUGAUAUUAAACCACUGUUGCAGACUCUGUUUACGUAUGUUACUUCACUGAGAUGAAGAAACUACUCACUAAAAUUGAAUCUGCAUGAAAAUAAGAGAUAAGUUCUUGCCCUACUUAUUCUACCAAAUCGUAUUAUUAGACAUUAACACGAACUCCAAAAUUUAAAUAACGACGUUUUAUGAUAUCUGGCAUUCAUCAAAAACGAAAAUAAUGCAAGAACUUCCCGUUUAUGGUAGAUUAUUGUAGCCACCGUUGUGUAAACUGAAGGCAACAGAACAUAUUCUGACAGUGCAUUUACAGGAAUCUUUUCUCCGUUCAUACUAUUCAUAAAAGGCUUUCACCAGAUGUCUAUGUCUCUGUUAUUUUGUACAUAAUUAAUUGCACAGUUGUGUUUCGUUUUGUGUCUCGCUGCAAAUGGAAGAGCCUACGAUUCGGUCUUCGACUGGUCCUGGAAAUUAGUUGUUUUAACAGGUAAUAUGACUUUCACAUCUGGAAACGCUAUAUGUACCUGAAUGUUAUCAUAUUGUACCACAUUA